UUCUAACACCUGAUCCAGGGAACACCACGUGACUCGCUGUGCCGCUCAAGGAGAGCUGAAUGGAUUUUUCAAGGAGAGCUGAGCGCCGCGCGGAGCGACAGGAAGCGGCCCCGCGCGCUGCUGGAACACGGGCACAGCCCACAUCCACCUCCCACCCUCACGCGCGCGCAGCUAGGAUGAUCAGCUGCUCCACAUCACACCGCUAAUAUGAUGCGCUUUAUCCUGGACUGCCUGCGCGUGGGACGGCGACGCGCGGCCUGCGAAAGAGAAAACUCAGUGGAACUGCAAACGAAGGACAAAGAUGCUGCCAAUGAUAAUGAAAUCAAGGUACUGGAGGAUGUGGUGGCUAUGGAAGCAGGAACACUGCAGAAGGAGAGGGUGCUGUCCCAGGAUGCCCAGCAGGCCCUGGAGAGACUUACGAAACGGAGAACCCAGCUGAAGGAGGAAAUAGAGGGCAUUCAGGAGCAGCGCAAACAGGAGGGCCAGCUGCUUCUGUCACUGCAGGAGGAGCAGGAGGAGCUGGAGCAGAUGGUGCAGGAGUACGAGGUGGAGCUGGAGAGAGCUAACGAUGAGCUACAGCACCUCCAUGAGGAGGUCAGGAAGACCAGAGCAAGGGUGGAAGAUGCACAUGGUCGAAUGGGUCCACUCAAACACUCCAUCGGGGAAACAUACACAGAAAUCACUGAGACUAAAGAGAGAUUAGGUGAACUGAUUGCUGAGAUGAUUGCCAUUGAAGCUUGUGUUCCUGAGAUUACCUGCCAUCAGAUGGCUGAGCACUUGAGCAUAGACCUUGAUAACAGUUCAAGAGAAGAAGAAGAUGAUGAUGAUGAAGAGUGCUAUGGGCAUGCACAUGAGGAUGAAAACACAAUCAAGAAAAUCACUGUGGAGAAAUAUCAUUCUGAGCAGGAACAAAACAUAGAGGGAUCUGAAACACUGCAGCGUUCUGCAGAAAACUUGAAGAGCAGUGGUUCUUCUUCGUUUACUGAGAUUACAUUAACUGAAGUUAAAGAAGAGGACGUGUCCCCCAGAUCUAACACACCACAGCACAUGGACUCUCCUGAUUUGGAAGAAGAUUUUGAGAUAGUCCAGUCUGUCGACACAAAGCCAAUAAACCAGACCUCAAGCAGGGAGUUUGACUUCUUCCACCCAGACCCUUUUGUUGAUCAUGAUGUGUUUGGAGAUGACAGAUUCCCAAAAGUAGACAUGACAGAGUUCCUGUCUGGUGAUCCAUUCAAAGGCACAGAUCCUUUUGCUUCCGAUAUCCUUUUCAACGAUGUAGCAGAUGCCCAGUUCUCUCAGGAUUACCCUCACAAUGAAGAAAGCAACACCAAUAAAGAUGAACAUGCUGAUGCAGCUAAUGCUGUUAUACAUAGUUCUGCCAAUGCUGACUGUCAGUCCAUUGACUCUGGAAUGUUUGAACAAAAUAUUCCUGAGCCCAGUGACUCUGAAAGGUACACUCCGUACAGCGACGUCUGUCCAGAUGUUGGAUCCAACAACACAGUAAGCCAAGAGCUUGACAGCAUGGAACUAAAUAACACCUCAGGAACCGAAUUCGAUCUUCCUGCAAGUUCCCUGCAUGACGAUGAAGGGCGAUUUGACCCGAUCCAUUGUGAACUUCACGACAGCCAUGAAUCUGAUUCCAGUGAAUCUUCCACAGUUGAUAGUUCCUUUGAUGGAGAUUUUGGUACAUUCACUGGACUGGAGCAAACAGAACCUGAGCCAGAACCGGAUGUGGGACCCAGUUAUGUUAGAAGUAAUCGAGCUUUGUAUGGUCUUCAGCGUAUUGACACAAGUGCAUACACUAGUUUUCCUCUUAGUCCUGAUGACUUUGCUCCAGAACAAGAUGUUCCUGUCGCCAGUGAUAAAGACAAACCUGUUGAAGGUGCUGAUCAAUUUUCCUUCCAUUCUGAUCACGAUGAUGCAGUCAGUGAAGUGAAGCCUGAGGUUGAAGAAGCUCUUUCUCCUGAGGGAAAUCCUGCUAGCCCAAGUCCUCUUGACCAAGAGUUUGACAAGCCCUGUGAUGACUACAUUCAGGAAAUUCCUGCAGUCCAUAGUCCAGAGCCUGCUGAAGUAGAUGUUUAUGACCACAAAUUUGGAGAUAUAUAUUUCUUUACAGUGCGGUUAGACCCUGGUAGUCCAGAUGCUAGCCCUGGUUCUGCCGAAGCCAAUGAGCAAAAGAAAUCUGAAUGUGACCAAACAAGUCCUGAAUCUAAUGAAGCGGACGAAUUUGACUCUGCUGCUCCAGAAGAAGAGGAUACUAAUCACUAUAAUCCUGAAGCAUAUUUGGAGGAAAGUUUUGACAAAGAAGAUUCUUCGAUCAGAACAGAAGAAACCCUGAGUCCUGAACCAAAUGAUCCAGAACAGUCUGAACCUGAGGUAAGCCCCACAGGAUACAGCCCAAAUUUUGAGCAGGAAGAUGAGGAUAAUGGUCUUGAUGAGUUUGGACAUAGUAUAUUUAAUGUAGAGAGCAGCAGUGUACUGAAAAACACUGAAAAUGAAAUACCUGAAUCUUUUCACCCCGAAAAUGUUGACUCUGAAAAUGAAAUACCUGUAAAAGUUGACCCUGCCUAUACUGAAGACUAUUCAGUCCACUUUACCACUGAACCUGUUGAUCAGUUUCUCAUCAGCCCUGUCUCUGGAGACACAGAAAAGGCAGCUUCUAACAGUUCCAAGCUUUGUUCUCAUAACCCAUUCAGCCUUGACUCCGAAAGCAUAGAUCACUGUGAUGACGCUGAAAGCAAUCUUCAACCUUUUAACACCAAAAACUGCACUGGAAAAGAGUCUUAUGGCUGUGUCAAUGAGCUUAAAUCUUUUGACCCAUUCGAUCAUGUACUUAUCGAAAACACAAUAUCAGUCAAAUCGGCCAAUUCUACAUGUACUGACAGUGGAAGACUAGAUUCCGGCUAUCAUGAAAAUAAUGGGCUGGAUCCUUUCAGUCCUGCACCUUCACAUCCUUCUACAGACAUGGGUCCAUGCUUUGUGAGUUCCAACACAGAGAUGCUCAGUCCUGGUCUUUUGGACCUGGAGGCUCCUGAUCCCUUCAGCCCUGAGUCCAUUGGGUCCAGUAGUACAAUGAGAUUUCACUCUGAACUCUUCAACCCUUCCACCGACGAUGGAAUGAUUGGAGAUCCAUGUCAGGUAUAUACAGCCUCGUCCGACAUCCUUGGGGAUUCCUUUAGUGGGUCAGAACUUGACAGUUUAGACCCUUUCAGUCCGGUGCCACACUUGACAGGGGGAAGUUACAGUCAUUGCAAUGUAGACAUUCUUGUCCCUGGCUUGAUUCAGAACAAUUCAAAAUUUGAUGGAGAAACUAGAUCCAGCAGCUGUGAUUCAGGGGUUGGUUCUGCUCAAAAUAGAGAAGGUUCCCAGCCACCAAUCCACUCUGAGGUCAAUAACUUUGUUUAUUUGCCCAAUUGCCCAACAAAGGACUCUUUUUUUGAGUCGGAUAACAGUAACAUGGUUACAGAUGAUCAUGCUUUCCAAUCAAAAGUGGAGAACGUAUCAGAACAGGAACAGAACACAAAUUCUUCAGCAAAUGACACAUCGAUGGCAGAACUCACCGAAAUAGAUUUUUUCUGCAAUGAGCUCAGCAAAAUGGUGGCCUCACGUUCCUCUGAUACUGUUCAGCAAAGUGUUGCUGAAAUGCUGUUCGGCUCUAACCCUGACACCGCAAGCUUCUACCCAUGGGAUUUCGAGAACAGCGACACAGUUGCCAACAAUUACUCAAGUCCAGAAGCCGAUUUAGUGGACAACAGCUACAACUACAGCAAGGAUCUGCCGAAGUUGGAGUCAGGAGCCAGAUCACGUAGGUCCAGUGACCUUCUAGGUGAACUUCAGAGCGCUGCUGGACUUGCACAUGAUGAAACUGAAAAGCCCUGCUUGCUUUGAAUGGAAAUCAGUUUCAGUUAGAAGAAGCUCCAUUUAUACAGGAUAACAGGGACCUCUGCAUGAUGAAAUAAUUCAAAAUAAAAUGUUUAAAAAAAUUCAGGAUAUGAUAUAGGCUGGACAUUAGAUGGAACAUACAUAUCAUGGGCAGGAGACACAGACAGGAGUGUUCGAUAUAUUUGCAGGGUUAAUAUAACCAACAUGUCUGGAACUGUUGUGAAGUUGUUUAUUGGCGAAAAAUGGCCUGCAAAUCAAAACCUAGUUAAGUAAAUUAGCACUACUACUUGACAUAUUCAUUUGUACUGUACCUCAAUCUAUGGUGUACACGAUGGCACUGUACACUUCAGUUGGCUUGUUGCUUACUUUGAGAGAGAGAGAUAUAUAUUAAUUCUAACACUUGAAAACAGUGAUUAAAGUCUGGGAAUAAGGCAGGCACUGGUAUUUUCAGUUGUAGAGAGAAUGUAGCAAGCCUAAGAAGGAAGAGUUUGGUACGUUUAACAAAAGCCAUGUAGCCAGUAAUGUUGUGUAAAUGUGUUUAUUUUUAGAGAAUACCAUUAACUGGUCUAACAAGCACGCUAUAUUUUCAUCUUCUUAACUAGCUUCUUGGAUUAUUUCAGGGGCGUAACCUGCAGUAUGCCUUUAUUCAUAAUGGUACACACUUGACAGUAGGCCAUACAAAUGUAAGUACUUGUUUCAGGCAAACAGAACAAAAAAACCCUUACGGUUCCCUGAAUUCAUUGUGAGAAGAUAAAAUUGUCUGAAUAGUAGAGAUGGCACAAUAUAUCCUUUUUAUUCUAAUAUUAACGCCAUACUUGUCUUUCUACUUUAAAAACUACUAAAAUGUCUUUUUAGAUUAGAAUCUCCACUGACAAGCCAAAAGACAUGGAGUAGGAACUGUGUCCUGUUGUAUUGAGUCCCAUGACUUUUGCCAUGACCCAUAAAAGCUAAAAACACUGACUGCAUUGACCUGUGGGAUAUCUGUGUGGGAUCUCCUGAAUUGAAUGCGGACGUGAUUGAUUUUCAGAGUCGCUUAUCUGUUUGCACAUACGAUUCUGGGCAGAUGCUGCCGGUCACGAUCAUAACCACCCACUGCUCUAUCCACUGUAGGUGGUGAUGCAUUCUAUGAUAUAUGUAUUUCCGUAUCAGAUUCUGACACUGUGAUUGGAGGAAAAAUAAGUGUAAAAGUAGUGAAACUAUUGUGUUCAAACUACGUAAACGCUCUUCUACCCCACAGGAAGAAAUACACAGCUAACACAGUUAGUUCAGUGUGCUGUCUCAGGGUAGAUUGGAUUCAUUCCUUUUAUCCUUAUUUUAUUCCAAUACCCAGUAUGGCAUUUGCCUGCCUUUUUAUUGUUUUAUGUAGGAGGUUGGUCUGUUAAACAUGUCAUAACAUUUGUAUGGCCUACUUAUUAUCUUCACCAUGCUAAGUAGCCUUUUAUACAAAGUUAUAUUAUUACUAUUUAUUUAUUUAUUUUUAAUGUAUUAUUUAUUUUUUCAACAGUGUCUUGUAAAGAUUGUGUAAGAGUUCUGCCUUUUCAGUAAUUUGAAUUUAAUGUUAAGUAAUUGCAAUAUUUGACAUGUAGGUAAUUGCUUAUGUUUUAUAAGCAAUUCAUAAAACAUAUGAAAUAAUAUAUGUAAGUGUUCCUGCGUAAGAUCCAGAAAACAUUAUGAUUUAAAGCAAUUAUUGGUAUCCAUUUGUGCUUCUGUCUGUACUAGUUGUCUGUCAUUCCUUGUGGUUAAAGUGUGAUUAAACCAUUUGCAUCAAAGAGAUUGAUUUGUAAGAUAUAAAUAAAGGAGUAAAAAUUGUAAA